UGUGUGUGUCUCUGUGUGUGUGUCUCUGUGAGUGUGUGUGCAGUGAGAUCAGUGUCAUGGCGGACGCCAGCAUCAUGGCGGUUUGUUGUCGAGCGUCUUUUCUCGCUCUUUGUUUCCUCGUCUGCUUCCUUCAGGUUCUCAUCCAAGGACAAGUGUUCCUCCGGGCUCCUCAGGCUCGGGAGGUUCUGCUGAGAACCCGUCGGGCCAACUGGCUGCACGUGGAGGAGGUUCUGCCGGGGAACCUGGAGCGGGAGUGCUACGAGGAGCGCUGCAGCUACGAGGAGGCGCGCGAGUACUUCGAGAACACCGAGAGGACGAACGCGUUCUGGACGGUGUACGACGACGGCGAUCAGUGCGAGCCCAACCCCUGCCUCCACGCUGGGAACUGCACCGACCUGGUGGGCGGGUUCCAGUGCUCCUGCCCCGCCCCCUUCUCUGGAACCCGUUGUGGGCGGAGAGAUGGAGAACGGCGCCCGACCACCGCGGCGCAGUUCUACGCACCAGGUCAGACCACACCCACAGUUCAACUAGCCCGAACAGAGUUCUCCGAGUGUCCGACCGGCGGCCCGACGGCGUGUCACCAGACCUGCACGCUGUCGGAGCGCGCCCCCCCCUUCACCUGCUCCUGCACCGCGGGAUUCGAACUACAGACCGACGGACGCAGCUGCGUGCCUGAAGGGGCGUUUCCCUGCGGACGACUUCCUGUCAACGCGACCACGUCGACGUCCUGCCGCGGAGACUGUCCCUGGCAGGUGACGGUGCUGAGCAGUGGAGGGGCGGAGCUUUGUGGGGGCGUGGUGCUGGGGCGGCGCUCCGUCCUGACCGCCGCCCGCUGCCUCGGGCUCGACUCGGGAUCCGAGCGGCGAGCGUCCGACCUCCGCGUGGUCGCUGGCAACAAGAUGAUGCUCCUCCCCGUCCGGAGUCUGGAGAUCCACGACCUUUUCCGAUUAGAUCACCAUGGCAACGACCUCGCCCUCCUGGAGCUGGCCCACCCCCUGCGCUUUGGCCCCUCCCUCCUCCACCUCUGCCUGCCCACCAAGGACUUCAGUGAAAACAUCCUGAUGCAUUCUGGGAGGACGGGCGUCGCCGGGAGACGGAACCAGGAGCUGGUCUACAUGACGCUGGACGAGUGUCGCGGCGCGGCGAGCGGCGAGCGUUCGCUCAGCAACAAGAUGUUCUGCAUGCGGCGGCAGAGCGUCCAGGAGGAGGAGCCACACAAGGCCGGCCCUUUAACGGACAGUCAGCGUGGACACCAGGGGGCGCCAGUCGGAGCCAUAUUCAAAAACAGCAGCAGUUUGAAUAGUGACAAUCCGACGCCUUCGGGAUCAGACGCUGGUUCGAGGUCAGAGGUCGGCGGCAGGCGUGGACCGUUGCCAGGAUCGCCCGUCGCCACGGUGGAUCGGGGGACGGCGUUUCUGACCGGGCUGCUGAUCUCGUCUUCCGCAGGCAGCGACCGCCUCGUGUUCACCAAACUUUCCCGCUACCUGACCUGGAUCCGCCCCCGACUGGAGGCCGCCGAGGAUCACAUGACGCCACAAGUCCGCCAUCACCCCGAGGCUCGCUAGCAUCUCGUUAGCAACUCGCUAGCAACUCGCUAACAACUCGCUAACAACUCGCUAGCAACUCGCUAGCAACUCGCCAAAACUGCCGCCAUCUUUGAAACGCUCAGCUGAUGAGCUGGUUUUCUUCAAAGAUUAAUCUUUACUAACUUAAAAAAUUAAGAGACUUAUUUCAGGUGAGAAAUAUUAAAUAGUUAAAAAUCCAAAUAACUUUGAAUAAAUAAAGACUUUUAAUUGAUGUGAAACAUGUUUAAUGUGAAGCAGGAGUCAUACUUUAUUAAACAUUAAUAUGUGAGUUAUUAUAAAUGAAAAAUACUAAAUUAAUAAAAAAACGUGAGCUCAUGAAAA